AUGAGACACGACGAAAUAGAUGUACAAAAUUUCGUAGAUGAAAGGGAAUCUGAUAUUAAAAUUUUGGAAAAAUCUAUAAAUUCAUCCAGAAAAAAAACAAUGUUAUUUCAAAGAUUGCCAUUUUAUAGACGAAGACGCACAAGAUCAAAUUUUUGCAAGAAACAAAGGUCUGUUAGACAAAAACGAAGACACUAUUUAAAAACUCAUGUUUGGUAUGCAAAACGCUUUAAAAUGAUCAAAUUGGAUAAUGUUGGCAUUCCGAUCAAAAGGAAUCAAAAAAGCAGUAAAUUUAUUUAUAAAUCGCAGCAUAGAGGAUUUAUUUUUGAUGAAUCUUUUAAAAAAUCAUAUGUGUGCUUUUUAAAUGACACAAAUUUACGACAAUUUAAUAUUAAUUAUAAUUUAAUAAAUAAAGUACAACUAAUACAAACAGAAGAAGGAUAUAUUGAGGCAAUUGUAACAGAAAAGAUUUGUAUACUACUAUUGCCGAUGGGAAUGAACUGCAACUUCGAUGUUUUAGCUUAUUUUGAUUGUUUGAUAUCAUUAAUAAAAAUAAACGAUGAAUUUAUUAAAGACUUUUAUAUGGAUGUUGAUGGUGCUAUUGAAAAUAAAACUAUAUUUUACGUUGAAAAUAUAAAUAAUUAUGAGAGUGGAAAGUUAUUUUUAUCUUCAAAAGAUGUUAUGCGUAUUUGGCUUCACUUUAUAAAAAAAGGAUGCAUUCCGAUUUGCAUUGAAGAGAUGCAAAGGUUAGCUUUAGAAAAUGAUUAUAUGGUCUACCCAUUUGAUGAUGUACACAGCAAAAUGUUUAAAAUGCUUGAAGAUGCACAGAAUACCGAAUUUAUAAAUAAAUACGAAAGAACACCCAAAAGCAAGAAAACAAGUAUUAACUUUGAACAUCUAUAUAUACAAACACGUGACAGAGUUUUUUUUUAUAUUUUCGAGCUUACAAAAGGAGUACUUAACAAAAAUGCUUUUAUUUACAGUACAGACAAUCAGCUGGUUGGUAGAGUAAUACGGGGAAACUUUUGUUUUACCAAAGGAAAAAGUAAAGGUCUUUGCUAUACUAAUGAUAUGCUUGAACUUAAAAAAACAUUUAAAGCUAAAAACUAUAAUAAUAAUAAUUUUUAUGAGAUUAAAAUUGUAAAACUUUUGCUUUGA